AUGAGUAAAAAUAAAGACAAACUGAACAGCUCCAAUACGCUGUUAAAUUAUUUCGCCAAAUCGCCAGCGACGACUCCGAAACUGAAACCAUCUUCGUCGGUUUCGGCCAGUCCAGCGACGGGUGGCAUAACCAGUAACAGCAGCUAUGAUACUCCGAAGACAAAGCUGAAGAAAGAGCCCGCCAGCCCGGCGGUAUCGACCCCACUUUCCGCCACAUCAAGAAACGAAACCGACGAAGAGGAAUCCGUACAACCGGUCAAACGGCGACGAAUCGUGAUGCGGGACUCCUCCGAUGAGGACAAUUCCGACAGUGAAAAUCAAGUUCGGAACGAACGAACGCCGCCCAAGGCUGAACUGCUCUCGUCGUUCAAGCGGGUCGAAAAGGAAGACAACGAACCGUCGCCGGUGCAGAAAAAGAUCAAGCUUGAACAGCCGAACGACUCGCUGCAAGGUGAAGCGAAGGAGCUGCUGCUGGAGGACAAGGAAGACGGUGAGGAAAACUCCGCGUUGGAUGAACCGACGAUUUGGGCUCAUCAGAAGUUGGAUUUUCUGAAGCCCGAAAAAGUGAAGGAUAUCCACGGUAACCGACCGGGCAGUGAUAAGUACGAUUCGAGAACGCUCUAUGUGCCGGAGCCGUUUUUGAGUACACUAACACCGGCAAUGCGUCAAUGGUGGGAGUUGAAGUCGCGUCACAUGGACUGUGUGUUAUUCUUCAAGGUUGGAAAGUUUUACGAGCUGUACCAUAUGGAUGCCACGGUGGGUGUAACUGAGUUGGGUUUUUCCUACAUGAAGGGAGAAUUCGCUCAUUCUGGGUUCCCAGAGACUGCCUACGAGCGUAUGGCCACUUCGUUGAUCGAAAAGGGCUACAAGGUGGCUCGAGUUGAGCAAACCGAAACUCCGGAUAUGAUGCAAGAACGGUGUCGGCAAAACAGAACCAACAGUAAGUAUGACAAAGUAGUCAAACGAGAAAUUUGCCAGAUAUCGUUGCGUGGAACGGAGGUUUUCGGCCAGCAGGUGCAUUUGUCACUCAGUCAUCAACCGAAAUACAUGCUUGCCAUUACCGAACGUUCGGCUAAAGUCGGCACUCGUUACGGUGUUUGCUUUAUCGAUACCUCGCUGGGGGUUUUCCACCUGGGGGAAUUCAACGAUGAUGCGCAAGCAUCUAGGUUGUUGACUUUACUUUCGCAUUACGAACCAGCUCUUGUUUUACACGAAAGAAGCCCGCCUUCGGCGGGUACCCAUCAGAUUUUUAAAACUGUCCUUGCUGGCGUUCGAAAGGAAGCUCUAACGGGGGAAUCUCAGUUUUGGUCAGCGCAGAAAACUUUGAAAUAUUUGGCGGAAAAGUUCUUUGGUAAUUCUAGUGAUAACAAAUGGCCUUCGGCACUGCGCUCGCUGGCAGACAAGAGCGAUCAUCUCGGGCUGACGCCGGACGCUGAAUUUCAGCUGGCCUUAAAGGCGUUGGGAGGCUGUAUCUGGUACCUGAAACGAUGCUUGCUAGAUCAGCAGAUCAUAGCACUGGCCACGUUUGAGCUGUACAUUCCUCCGGAUGACAAUGAAGUACGAGAGCAGUUAAAAAUCACUCACACCAACCGUUCUCUGGUUUUGGACUCCAUCACCAUGGCUAACCUUCGCAUAACGGAUGGCGAGCAGUCGCUGGUCAAUCGAAUGGACCAUUGCUGUACGAAGUUCGGCAAACGGCUCUUCCAUCACUGGGUUUGUUCGCCAAGCUGCGAACGUGCCGUUAUCGUUGAGCGGCAGGAAGCGGUUACGGAACUGCUAGAGGAUGUCAGUCUGUUGCAGGACGUGCGGCAGAUUCUCGGCGAACUGCCGGAUUUGGAGCGAAUGCUGGCGCAGAUUCACACAUUCGGCAAUGCCGAUCGCAGCAAAAACCAUCCGGAUGGCCGGGCAAUUCUCUACGAGGAGAAAACUUAUGGGAAGAAAAAAAUUCAAGAUUUCAUAACCACGCUUCGUGGCUUUGGCGCCUUGGCUAAGCUGCCCGAACUGUUUGCCAGUGUUUCUUCCCGCUUACUGGUUCGUUUGACGCAAACAGAAAACGGCGGUGGUAGCUUUCCGGAUAUGGCCGAAAAGAUUCGUUUCUUUGAAGAGUCCUUCAAACAUGAGGAGGCACUGAAAGAAGGGGUUAUUGUUCCCGCCAAAGGCCUUGACGCUGAGUACGAUGCGGUGCAGAAAGAAAUCAAAGAUAUCGAAGGUGAACUUGAAGAAUACCGACACGCACAGGAAAAACACUUCGGUUGUAAGGUUACCUACUUCGGAACUGAUAAGAAACGCUUCCAACUGGAAGUACCAGAAGGUGCUUCGAAACGUGCCAAUAGCGGUUAUACUCUGGAAGGACAGAAGAAGGGUAAAAAUGGUGUGAAGAGAUAUCACACCGACGAAACGCGUGAGUUUCUAAAACGGAUGAUGCAAACAGAAGAUCAACGAAAGAUGGUACUCAAAGAUUUAGCUCGGCGAGUGUUUGAGAAGUUUGCUAGCAGCUACGAUGUAUGGAAACGGUGCAUCGAUUUAACGGGGACGCUUGAUGUGCUGACCUCUUUGGCGGAAUAUGCUCGCAGCGAAGGUGGCAUGUGCGUUCCGGAGAUUCUCGACGAAGACGACGAAGCAGGUCAUAUUUUCGAACUAGAAGAGGGCAUUCAUCCUUGUAUCAGCGAAGCGGAAAACUACAUUCCAAAUGGCGUCUGCCUCGGAUCAAAUGGAUCCCGGUUGGUUCUACUUACCGGACCGAACAUGGGCGGCAAGAGUACCCUCAUGCGACAGGUCGGUGUUCUAGCCAUAAUGGCUCAGAUCGGGUCGAGAAUUCCUGCCUCCAGCUGCAGGAUGACGCUGAUCGAUCGGAUUUUUACCCGAUUGGGGGCGAAUGACGAUAUCAUGGCCGGACAAAGUACCUUCUUGGUAGAGCUGAACGAAACUUCCGCCAUCCUGAAGCACGCCACCAAACGUAGCCUGGUGUUGCUUGAUGAGCUCGGACGCGGUACGGCAACCUAUGAUGGGACGGCAAUUGCCGGCGCGGUUGUCAACUUUCUAGCCGAUCUACAGUGUCGUUCCAUGUUCUCCACGCACUAUCACAAUUUGGUCGACAGUUUUGACGGCGACAGCCGGGUCACUUUGGGUCAUAUGGCUUGCAUGGUGGAGAAUGAAGACGACGAAGAUCCUACCCAGGAAACAGUUACCUUCCUGUACAAGUAUGCCGACGGACCUUGUCCCAAAUCCUAUGGAUUCAAUGCAGCCAAACUGGCCGAUAUGCCAGCUUGCAUAAUCAAAAGAGCCCAUGAGCUGUCCAAAACGAUGGAGGCUGAAGCACUCAAGCGAAAAAUGUUUUCCAAAUCGUUGCAACAAACAACCGACGUUGGUGAGUUGAAAAUUUUGCUCCGGAAACUUAAAGCGUGCCGCUUCUAAUGUCACAAAAGGUAGGUCGAAUCUCUGAACCCAAUGACCCAGUAUUAAAUUCUAGUAUACACUGUAUACGACGUUACGCUCUCUAUUGUUGCAAGUAAUAAACCAAA